AAUAAGCAAAGAAAGAAGAAGAAGAUGGGAAACUGUCUAGUAAUGGAGAAGAAAGUGAUAAAGAUAGUGAGAAAUGAUGGGAAGGUACUUGAAUAUAGAAAACCAAUUUGUGUUCAUCAGAUCAUUACUCAGUUCUCUGGCCACUCUGUCUUCGACAACAAUACUAGUUGUCAUCUUCCGCCUGAUGCUAAGCUUCUCUCCGGCCGUCUCUACUACCUCCUCCCUACAACGAUUAACAAGAAAAAAAAUAAGAAAGUUACGUUUGCGGAUCCCGAGGUGGAAGAAGAUGAUCGUGAUAAUACUAGUGAAAGAAAGAGCAACACGGAUGACAAUACAAACGCAAGUGUUGUGAGAAUGAAGAUCGUUGUGCGUAAGCAAGAGUUGGAGAAGCUGCUUCAAGGAGGGUCGGUUCAUGAGAUGAUUUACCAGACUCUUGAGAAACAAGUUUUGCAUACUGAUGAUGAUGAUGAUGAUGAUAAUCUUGAAUGUAAUGGAGGGUGGAGACCUGUGUUAGAUAGCAUACCUGAAUCUGAAUACUUCUCAUAAGAAUACAACAGAUAGAUCAGAUCAUAUAUACAAAAAAAGUCUUGAGUUUAUUCAAGGACAAAAAUGUUUUUGGGUUUUGCUUGUAUAUAAACUUUGAAGCUACGUUAUAAUAAACUAGCCCUGGAUGAUUAACUUUAAUGUUUGUUUAGAAGAGAAGAGCUGGGAUAAUUCUUGUUACCGUAUGGUUUUGCAU